AUGUUAACCAGUCUGACGUCUGUGUUGAAGUGUUUUCAUACUGGUAACCUAAUUGUUCAGUAUUGUUAGACAAUAUUAUUAUCACUUGUAGAUGAAAGUAUUUGAUUCAUGAGUAGAUAUCAAUUUUUAAAAAUAUUUUUCAAUCUACUAUUAUCGAAUUAUAAAAAUUUAGAAGUGUUAUAAGGAUUGUGAUAUAGGCUAUAAGAAGACUUAAAAUUCCUUGAACAAUUGUUUUUGCCACUCAAUUUCUUUCUUUAAAAUAUUAAUUAUUGUAUAGUGUUUUACUUGAGACUAAUAACAAGUUAUUUUUCAGUAAAAUGGUAAAACUCUAUGCACUAAACAUUUUAUAUAAAGGAGUUCAUAACGCAGUCUGGCUCAAGUCCUCAUAUGAUUUGUCAACUUUUGGAUUUUUCCAAAGAGGUAGUGUCCAAGAAUUUAUGGCUUUUGUUAGUAAAACAAUAGUUGAAAGAACUCAAACAGCUGCAAGACAGUCAGUUAAAGAAGGAGAAUACACAUGUCAUGUCUACGUAAGAGGUGACAACUUGGCUGGUGUUCUCUUGUCAGACCAUGAAUAUCCCCAUAGGGUUGCACAUACUCUCAUUACCAAAGUCCUGGAUGAGUUCUCCGCUAAAGUUCCCUCACAUGAAUGGCCAACAGCAAAUGAAGCUACUAUCUCUUUUCCCCAACUAAACGUGUACCUUGCAAAGUACCAAAAUCCAAGGGAAGCAGAUGCAAUGACCAAAAUUCAAGAUGAGCUAGAUGAGACUAAAAUUAUUUUGCAUAAUACUAUAGAAGCUGUUCUGGAAAGGGGAGAGAAGUUGGAUGACCUAGUGUCAAAGUCAGAAGGCUUGAGUCUACAGUCCAAAGCAUUUUAUAAGACAGCCCGCAAAACUAAUUCCUGCUGUAGUUAUGUAGGUUAAGUGUAAUGUUACUGUGUCUUAUUAUUUAUAGGUUCAUUAUUGCAUAUUGUUUGUAUUAAAUCAAAUGUAUAUUUUUAUAUUUUACAUGAUAUAUUAUCUAAAUACAUACUUUAAUUUCAUUAUUUAGUUGAUUAUGUUUCAGGAGUUAUUUUAAAUUCAUUUUAAAACAAAUUGUGAUUGGUUGGUUAAAAACUCAGUUUUAUAAAUUGAUUAAGUUACUGCUAAUAAUGUCUGAAAUAGCCUCCUUAUAAUUCCAUUUUAUUCUAAAUUCAUGUAAACUGUAAAGAUUUAUUUCUUAUUAAUUUUUUUCUUUUUCAUAUUUUAUUCAUAAAUUAUGCUAGAAAAAAAUCAAUUACCAUUAAAAGUGGGGCCUAUAAAUGUCAAAAACUCCUAAACUUUAUAUAGACUGAGUAAAAGGAACAGAGUUGACUGGGCUAAAUUUUAUAUUUAUAAUCGAUCAAACACCCUGUUUGAUAAUCAAUGCGAAUGCACAACUAUAUACAAUAACAGAAUGUUUUGGUGAGUAGCAACUCAGUUGCCUUACCAUAUGUGUACUCUCAAGGUGUAAAGAACUGCUAUGGUGAUUUGUAUUGAUAUUAUUUUAUUAAUAAUGUAAUGUAAUAAUUGAAGAGCUCAACAAUGCAUUCAGUAUACAAUUUUAGGAAAUUUAUCUCAACCCAUUAAAAAGGAAUAACUGUAAUCGCAGUAAAUUUGGUCAGAAAUUAAUAAGUGAAUUUGUAAAUAUUUAGUUAAUUUAGUUCACAACAAAAACAGCAAUAGGCUAAUCUAUAUAAAACAUGUAUUUAAAUAUAUUUACUAUGGAAAUAAACUGAAACGUUUAAAUUUAUGUAACAACAAAGAUUACAUUUUAGUGGCAAAAUACAUUGUUGUCUUUGAACAACACAAACAAAAUAUUUGAGCCCAUGCGUAAUAGUAUUCACGAAAAAGCAGUAACAUCUGUUGUAUAUAAUACAGUCAAAUACAAUAAUCUUGAUGUAAAAUAUGUCUUAUAGUAAAAAGGAAACUGUAUUGCUAUAUCUAUACAGUUAAAAACAAAUUUUACUCACUUUUGUUUGUAAAUGUAAACAAAGCGAAUAUAGCGAAGUAACUGUGUGGAUUAUGAAUACAAAAUAAAGCUAGAAUAUAAAUCGGUCUGAUUUCAGUCCUACCGUGGCCUCAUGAAUAAUGCUUAUUAGUCGAUGCCAAUGAAUUGAAGUUGUCUAAUAAAUGUGUGACUUAUAUUAUCAUGUUGCAGGCAUUGUAUUUAAAUUGUGUGAUUUUUAACAAUUUUUAAAGAACACAUUCCAAACUUGUUUUUGUAUUAGAUUGGUCUUAUGUAACACUACAUUAAUUAACGUUGAAUAAACUGAUAGUUGAUUACUGAAAUUCUAACAUAAUAGCUAGUUUUUUUAUAAUUGUAUUUUAUGAUAUAUUGUAUUAUAGUAAACAUUUUAUAGAUAAG